AUGGCCACUCAGGUAGACUUCAUCCAUGUGAUUCUGAAAGCUGCCUUCUUCCUCUGCAACCAACAGAACGUCAUCGCGCCAAAGAAAAUGCUGUCUGGGAAGAGAAAACAAGGAUUCGGCGGUCUUCAGCGCCGAGUAAGACCUAGGAGAGAAGAAGAAGAGGUCGAGAUCGAUGAGAACCUCAGCAGCGGGCCCGAGGAGAUGGACGUGGAGGGGGAUGAGCUGAGCGAAGAUGAGGAUGAGGAAGAGCUGGAAGAUGAUGAUGAAGAGUCAGACACAGCGCCCCCACCCAAGAAGCCGAGUAUCGACAUUUCGUCAGUCUCAUUCGGUGCCCUCGCCAAAGCCCAAGCCUCCAUGCCAGCAUCCAACAGACGGCGCAAGCGCGGCGCAGCAGGCGAGUCCUCAGAUCAGGACUCCGACUCAGACUCUGGACCCGAAGAGGCCAGCAACUCCAGAAGAUCAAAGUCCGCCGCCGAUAUCGCCAAGCGCUCGAGCAAGCACGCACCCACCGAAAUGUCCAGUAAGAGACAGGUGUCCCGCAAGCGCGAGGUCAUCGCCGUGCCCAAGAGGGAGGUGCGCGACCCACGAUUCGAUCCGCUCAGCGGUCCCUAUGAUGAGGCCAAGGCCAGGAAAGCAUACUCCUUCCUGGACGAGUAUCGUGCGGACGAGAUGAAGCAGCUGCGCACCGAUAUCAAGAAGACCAAGGACGCAACCAAGAAGGAUGAGAUGAAGCGCCUGCUAUUGUCGAUGGAGUCCAAGAUGAAGGCGCGACAACGCAAGGAGCGCGAACAGGAGCUGAUGACGGAGCACAAGCGUCGCGAGAAGGAUCUGGUGAAGCAGGGCAAGCAGCCUUUCUAUCUGAAGAGGGCGGAGCAGAAGAAGAGGCUGCUGGUGGACCAGUUCGCAAACAUGAAGAAGAAGCAGGUGGACAGGACGAUCGAGAGGAAGCGCAAGAAGGUUGUUGCGAGGGAGAGGAAGGAGUUGGAUCAGCUGCAGAGGCGGGGUUGA